CAUACACAUGUUCCCAUUGUGGUGCUAUUAUGUGGUAUGGAGAACGGAUUAACAGGCGCAGGAAUACACAUACUCCUUCUUUUACUUUAUGUUGUGGGCAAGGUCAAGUUGUGCUGCCCCUUCUAAAAGAACCACCAGAAGUACUGAAAAAGUUAAUGAUGGGAGAUGACAAGUUAAGCAAACAUUUUCAGAAAAAUCUCAGAACUUAUAAUAUGGUUUUCUCAUUUACUUCGCUUGGAGGAAAAGUUGAAAGAUCCGUGAAGAAAGGUGUUGGUCCAGAUAUGUUUCAGUUGCACGGAGAAAAUUACCAUCUACUUGGGAGUUUGAGACCACCAGAUGGUAAGACAGCCAAAUUUGGACAGCUAUACAUAGCUGACACUGAAAAUGAAGUGAAAAACAGAGCCAAUUGUUUGAGUAAAAAAGCUGAUACUUUGAAGGAAGAAAUCAUUGAGGUUUUGAUGAAGAUGUUGAAUGAAGUGAAUCCCUAUGUUAAGCAGUUUAGGUCUGCCAGAGAACGAUUUGAUACAAAUCCUGAAGAUGCAUUUCACAUGAGGAUUAUUAGUGAUAGGCUCACUGAUGGAAGAACCUAUAACGCACCUAUGGCAUCUGAAGUGGCUGCAUUAAUUCCUGGCGAUUUUAAUCUUGAUAUGGAUAAAAGAGAUAUAGUGCUUCAACAACAUUCAGGAAAGCUUAUGAGAAUUAAUGAAAUUCAUGCAUCCUAUCUAGCACUCCAGUAUCCUCUACUGUUCACAUAUGGAGAAGAUGGUUUCAGGCUUGGGAUUAAGAAAGGUGUUACUGAAGCUACCAAGAAACAGAAGAAAGCUACAAUUAGUAUGAGGCAGUUCUUUGCAUAUCGUCUUCACGAACGCAAGAAUGAGUCGGGACAUCUCCUUCAUGCUCGACGUCUAUUUCAACAGUUUUUGGUUGAUGCCUACACCACUAUAGAGUCUAAUCGUCUACGCUAUCUUAAGUUGAAUCAGUCGUCUUUGCGAUCUGACAGUUUUGACUCUAUUAAAGAGUCUGAAAAUGCUGGGAGGACUAAUAUGAAUGAACAAGGGACAGAAUUUGUGUUGCCAGCUUCUUUCACUGGUGGUCCUAGAUACAUGAAGAACAAUUAUUUGGAUGCUAUGACCAUUUGUAAGCAUUUCGGAUUUCCUGACCUUUUCAUCACCUUUACGUGCAAUCCUAAAUGGCCAGAGCUCACCAGAUUCCUUAAGACAAGAAACUUGAAGCCAGAAGACAGACCAGAAGUUAUUUGUCGGAUUUUCAAAAUGAAACUUGAAUCGUUGAUGGAUGAUUUAACUAAGAAGCACAUUCUUGGGAAGACAGUCUCAUCUAUGUACACAAUAGAGUUUCAGAAACGUGGUCUACCUCAUGCACACAUUCUUCUGUUCAUGCAUUCUGACUACAAGCUUCCCACCACAGAUGACAUAGACAAGAUUAUUUCUGCGGAAAUCCCUGAUAAAACAACAGAGCCUAAUCUUUAUGAAGUUGUUAAAGACAUGAUGAUGCAUGGACCAUGUGGAGCUGCGAAUAUGAAUUCUCCAUGCAUUGAGAAUGGAUUGUGUUCUAAGGGAUAUCCAAAACCAUAUGCUGAAAGGACUACCGUUAAUAAAGAUGGGUUUCCUGUAUAUAGAAGGCGUGAACAAGUGGAAAAUUAUGUCGAGAAGAGUGGUGUGAAAUGUGAUAAUCAAUGGGUUAUUCCUUACAAUAAGGAACUCUCUCUUCGUUACCGAGCUCACAUAAAUGUUGAAUGGUGCAACCAAGCCGGCUCAAUUAAAUACUUAUUUAAGUAUAUUAAUAAAGGUCAAGAUCGUGUCACUGUGGCUGUGGAACCUCCUGACCAUGUUGUUACAAACCAAUUGGGAAGUCUUGAUGGAAGUGUGGAGAAAAUAAAAGACGAAUUCAAAGAUUUUUUUGACUGCAGCAAAUAUAUAGCGUGUGUUAACAAUUUUUUUGUUUGUUGUAGAUAUGUUUCUGCCUGUGAAGGUGCCUGGAGAACUUUCGGUUUUCCAAUUCAUUAUCGAUCUACUGCAGUCGAGAAGCUUAGUUUUCAUCUUCCUGGAAAACAACAUGUUAUAUUCAAAGGUAAAGAUAAGAUGGAAGCUGUGGUUAGUCGUAAGCUCAUUGAGAAUACAAUGUUCUUAGCAUGGUUUGAGUUGUGUAAGAUCGAUUCACUUGCGAAAACCCUCACAUAUGCGGAAAUACCGAACUUCUUUACUUACGAUAAGAAGUUGAAGAAAUUCAAAAGAAGGAAAAGAGGAUUUAGUCUUGGCAGGAUUAAUUAUGCUCCACGUAAACAAGAAGAUUCAUAUUAUCUCCGCGUGUUGUUGAACAUUGUAAGAGGUCCUACCAGUUAUGAGGAUAUAAAGACAUUUGAAGGUGUUCUUUACGAGAGUUACAAAGAAGCAUGUUGUGCACGUGGCUUAUUAGACGAUGAUCACGAGUAUAUUGAUGAUUUGUUGAGGAGAAGUUAUGAUAGCUCUGCAAGUGAUUUACGACAGUGUUUUGCUAUGAUGCUUAAUAAUGAUAGUUUAGCAUCACCAGAGAAUGUUUGGGAACACACGUGGGAGUGUCUGUCGGAGGAUAUUGAAUAUAACCGGAGAAUAUAUUUCAAAAGACCAGGACUUGUGUUGAGUGAUGAGGAGAAGCAAAACUAUGCUUUACAAGAGAUUGAAAAGCUUUUGAGACACAACGGGGAUUCACUUGAGAGAUUUACUAAUAUGCCAAAGGUUCCAAAAUCAAGUAUUAACGAUUCAAAUGUUCUUAUACUGGAUGAGCGUAGCUAUUCGCGCGAAGUGUUGUUGGAAACCCUUGAGAGAGAUGUUCCAAAGAUGACAGAAGAACAAAGGAGAAUAUUUGAUGAGAUUCUUGAUGCUGUGACUAAAGGAACAGGAGGGACUUUUUUUGUUUAUGGAUUUGGUGGGACUGGUAAAACUUUCCUUUGGAAAUUACUAUCAGCAGCUAUUAGAUCUAAAGGCGAUAUUGUUCUUAAUGUUGCAUCGAGUGGAAUUGCUUCGUUGUUGUUACCUGGUGGUAGGACAGCUCAUUCUAGAUUUGGGAUACCUCUUAAUCCUGAUGAGUUUUCAUCAUGUGCGCUUGCUCAUGGAACAGAUCAAGCUAAUUUAGUAAAAGAAGCAUCGCUCAUUAUAUGGGAUGAAGCACCUAUGAUGAACAAGCAUUGUUUUGAAGCAUUGGAUAGAAGUCUGACUGAUAUUGUUGGGAAACACAGAAACAAACCUUUUGGUGGAAAAGUUGUUGUUUUUGGAGGUGAUUUUAGACAGGUUCUACCAGUAAUAAAUGGAGGUGGUAGGGCAGACAUUGUUUUGGCAACAUUGAAUUCUUCUUAUCUAUGGGAGCACUGUAAAGUUCUAAAACUCACAAAGAACAUGCGGUUGCUAUCUGGUUGUUUGACAACUGAAGAGGCAAAUGAUCUUAAGGACUUCUCAGAUUGGAUAUUAAAAGUGGGUGAAGGCAAACUCGCAGAGCCUAAUGAUGGCGAAGCUGAGAUCGAAAUCCCUCAAGAGUUUUUGAUUACCAACUCUGAAGAUCCUAUAGACGCUAUCAGCAAAGCCGUGUAUGGUGAUUAUUUAUCCUUACAAGAAAACAAAGAUCCAAGAUUCUUCCAAGAAAGAGCUAUUCUAUGUCCUACCAAUGAAGAUGUUAAUAUGGUCAAUGAUUACAUGUUGGAUAAGCUUGAUGGUAAUUUUAUAAAUAUUGCUAUCGAUUUAUUAGCUGACUUAUAUUCAUAUUUGUGUACUAAUCAAGUGUUUUGUAAUUUUGCAGGAGAAGAAAAGAUAUAUACCAGCGCAGAUAGUAUUGAUCCAAUUGACAAAAUUUCAUUCAAUGAUGAAGCUCUGGGUCCUGAUUUUCUCAACAAAAUAAAGGUUUCUGGUUUGCCAAACCAUAGUCUUAGGCUCAAGGUCGGAUGUCCUGUUAUGGUUUUAAGAAACAUAAAUCCUGCAGCUGGGUUAAUGAAUGGAACAAGACUACAGAUCACUCAACUUAUGGAUUUUAUGGUUAAAGCUAAGAUCAUUACUGGAGAGAAGGUCGGAAAUACAGUAUAUAUUCCUAGAUUGUUGAUCACUCCAUCAGACACAAGAUUGCCUUUUAAAAUGCGUAGAAGGCAAUUACCUUUGGCUGUGGCUUUCGCAAUAACUAUUAACAAAAGUCAAGGGCAAUCACUAUCUGAAGUUGGUUUAUUUCUACCAAGACCUGUGUUUUCACAUGGACAGCUAUACGUGGCUGUUUCAAGGGUCACAUCAAAGAAAGGACUGAAAAUUUUGAUUGUCGACAAAGAUGGUAAAGCUAAACAGAAAACUACUAAUGUUGUUUUCAAAGAGGUUUUUAAUAACCUUGAAGAGUCUGAGUGAUAAGGUAUUCUCGCAUUCUGAUUAUGUUUAAGUUUUUCUGCUGUUGUAGAUAUUUUAAAAAUUUAACCCCAACAACUGUUUUUGAGGCAUGCAGGUUCAGAUGAUGCAUUGAGAAUCGUUGGGAUGUAAGGGUAUCUCUUACUUGUGCGCAACCAGAAAGUGAUUUUUAUAUUUAUAUUGUUUAUGUUCCUUUCAUGAUUCAGACAAGCAUGAUUGUUUUCUCUAAGCAAAUUUGUUUAGUGUGUUUCUGAAGAUGGUUGUUUUAGUUUGACAAAUUAGAGUUUUUCUUUAACUGUUAUACUUAGUGUUUUUCUUUAAUUUAGAUAUUUAUGAACGUCUUUGUUAUUUAUAACACAUUCAUUCACAAGAACCCAGAUAUGCAUCGUUAUUCAAUCAAUCCUAAAGCCAUAUAAUACUAUCUAAGGCAAUGGUUCAAUCUUCUUUCUAAAUCUACAUUGCUUUCAUCUAAGUUAAGAUCAUAGUUACUAACCGUGAGUUGUUGUCUGGAUUCACUUGCUGAACGUGGGAGAGAAACUUCUUUCUUCAUAGCUUCUGAUCGUUCUUUCACCAACAUCUGUUCAUUAAAAAAAAAAACUCACGCUCAGCACACUAGAAAAGUACACAAAAUUAAUAACUGCCCCUCCUUACUUCUUUUCAACUUACUUGGGCUCU